GUUUUGGUUCCUGGCGGUGACGUAACACACAAAAACAUGGUUCCCUUGUUUUGGAGCUGUGAAGCGUGCUACGUGCUACGCGCGGAGAUGCUGUUUCGAGGCUGAACGAGUGGAAGAGACUCCCCCCUUAGCAGGCGAUGGCUCAGGCCGGGGAAAGGUGUGCCGAGUCCGGCCGCCGGCUGCGCUCCAUCUGCCGGCGGCUGUACGACGAGAACGAGGACCUGUCUGACGUGGAGGAGAUGGUCAACAUCAGGGGAUUCAACGUGGAGGACAAGCUGGCCAGCGACAACUACGCCGCCAACUUUGUGCGCGUCAUGGAAGCCAAAGACUUCACAUAUGAAUAUGUGCAACGGGACGCCCUAAAGGUUCCACUUAUUUUCAAAGAGAAGGAAGGACUUGGGAUCAUAAUGCCCGAUCCGGAAUUCACGGUGUCGGAAAUCAAAGGCUUAGUCGGCAGCCGUCGCUCGGUGGACGUGAUGGACGUGAGCACUCAGAAAGGCUCGGAAAUGAGCAUGGCCCAGUUUGUGCGCUACUACGAGACGCCGGAGGAAGAGCGGGACAAGCUGUUCAACGUGAUCAGCUUGGAGUUCAGCCACACCAAGCUGGAGAACCUCAUCAAGAGACCCACCGUGAUUGAUCAGGUGGACUGGGUGGACAACAUGUGGCCUUCGUAUCUAAAGCAGAGCCAAACAGAAGGCACCAACAUGAUCUCGGAGAUGAAAUAUCCCAAAGUACAAAGGUAUUGUUUAAUGAGCGUGAAGGGCUGCUAUACGGACUUCCACAUCGAUUUCGGGGGAACCUCUGUGUGGUAUCAUGUCUUCAAGGGGCAAAAAGUGUUCUGGCUGGUGCCCCCGACACUCCACAACCUGGCUCUGUACGAGGACUGGGUGCUGUCAGGCAAACAGAGCGAUGUCUUCCUGGGAGAUCGCGCUGACGGAUGCCAGAGGGUGGAGCUCAAGCAGGGAUACACCUUCUUCAUCCCGUCUGGGUGGAUUCAUGCGGUGUACACUCCCGAGGACACGCUGGUCUUCGGCGGCAACAUUCUGCACAGUUUUAACAUUCCUAUGCAACUCACCAUCCACGAGAUCGAGAACCGUACCAAGGUUCACUCGAAGUUCCGCUUCCCCUUCUACUAUGAGAUGUGUUGGUACGUCCUGGAGCGAUACAUGCACUGCCUGACCAAUCGGUCCUACCUUUCUCAGGAGAUCCAUAAAGAGCCUUUACUCAUGGACUACGAGACAAAAGCCCACGUGGGAAGCCCCGGCUCCGACUCGAGAAGUCAGGACAUGACCGAGGACUGGUGCGAUUCGCAGCUCAGGGACGACCCGUGUGAAAAACCGCAGGUGGUUUCCGACCAGCAGUGCCCUAAAGCCACCUUGUCCGCCCACUCCGAGGACAGCUGCUGUCCCGUCUCCGACCCUGCGGACUUCCAAUCCGAAUCGCCGACCUCGGAAUCGCACAAUAAGUGGACUCAUCUGACAGAAUUUGAAAUCAACGGACUGAAGAGGCUGGUGGAAAAGCUGGAGUCGCUCCCCGAAAAUAAGAAAAGUAUUCCGGAGCGGUUGGAGAACCCGCUAGGCCUGCUGGAAGACAUGAAGGUUGUCUUAAAGGAACAUGCUGACGAUGACCCAAAGUUAGCCAUCACUGGGUUUCCGGUUGUGUUCUGGCCAAACAAAACCACAAAGGCGCGGCCUCCCCACAGACCCAAGCCCAAGAUGGCGGCCUCACCGGCGUCGGCCCUCAAGGUCCCGGCGGGCCGCGGCGGCGCGUCGAGCGCCAGGAGGAGGCGCACUCGCUGCCGCAAGUGCGAGGCCUGCGUGCGGACCGAGUGCGGCGAGUGCCACUUCUGCAAGGACAUGAAGAAGUUCGGCGGGCCGGGACGAAUGAAGCAGUCGUGCAUCAUGAGGCAAUGCAUCGCAAAGCCCACCAAGAGCCCAUGUGAUGAUGAUGAUGAUGAAGAUGGUGAUGAUGACAAUGACCAUGUGGUUUGUGUUCAGCCCGUCCUGCCACACACGGCGGUUUGUGUAGUGUGCGGAGAAGCCGGCAAGGAGGACACGGUAGAGGAGGACGAGGAGAAGUUCAACUUGAUGCUGAUGGAGUGCUCCAUCUGCAACGAGAUUGUACACCCUCACUGUUUGAAGGUGAAAGAUUCCAGCGGAGUUGUCAAUGAUGAGUUGCCGAACUGCUGGGAAUGUCCCAAAUGUAACCACGCUGGCAAAACGGGGAAAGCCUCAAAGCAAAAAAGGGGUCCGGGAUUCAAGUACGCGUCAAACCUCCCGGGCUCGCUGUUGAAAGAAGCGCGUCCGAGCCGUGACCCCAAAGAAGAGUCCGAUGUCCCCUCGCCUUCCUCGGCCACCGUCAACGCCAAGAGAAAAGCCGAACGGGAGGAAGAGCUUCCGAAGAAGCGGCCCCCUCUGCUGUCCCUGGAUGGGUCGCCCCGGCCUAGACAGGAGGAAAACCCUCUGAGGAAGAAGAGGAAACUGUUUGACACGCAAGACGAACCCGAUGAUGUCAAAAGGAAGCUCUCCAAACUGGACGAGCCUCUGACCGCGAAAUUGCUGCGGCACAUCAAGACGGAGAUCGACCUCGGCGAGUACGAGGACGACCGGGAAGACCGAUUCUCUUUGCACAGGAUCCACUUCAAGGCUAAGUUGGACGGCAGAGAGGAAGAUGAUGACAAGGAGGACGAAAAAGACGACUACAACAGGACGGACGACAAAUCCAAAGUCCUUCUGAGUCCUUUGAGGAAAACGGCGGCGGCCGGAGAGAGUGAGCAGACGUUCAAAAGCGCCUCGGGAGCAGGCCCCAGCGGCGAGGAGGCCGAGGAGUGGACCGAGGAGAUGUCAUCAGCAAAUUUGAAGGCUCACCAUCAACAUAGACACCUCCUCAAGAUCCAUGACAGCGUGAACCACCAAAAUAGCUUGACCAAUCAGCUUCAAAGUCAGUUGAAGACUGAGGAUGGCACUGCCAAAACGGAAGAGGCGACCAAUCAAAACAGAAAGACGUUCAAAUCCGAGGUACUCCCAUCCAAACAAAACCACAGGCCAGUCAAGGCGGAGCCCGAGAACGACAUGGCGGUAACCGAUCCGAGAUGGCCUCUGAACAACGGCAGCGGAGACCUCGGAGGUUGGAUGCGACACAGGCGGGAGGCCAACGGGACGCCGCGCCGACACUCGCCGCUCAGCUGGAACCGGAAGGCUCCCGUGACGCCGCUCGCUCCCCGCCCGCUCCCUUGCCGUUCGCCGCCCAAAUGCGUCCAAAUGGAACGCCACGUCAUCAGACCGCCACCCAUCAGCCCCCCGCCCGACCGGCUUCCUCUGAACGACGGCCAGGAGCACACCAUGCGGCGCGAGGCCUGGAUGUCCGUCUUCGGUCACCUGGCCUUCAGAGAUCUCUGCGUGUGUAUGCGCGUGUGCAGGACGUGGAACCGAUGGUGCUGCGACAAGAGGCUUUGGAAGCACAUCAAUCUGAACCGCUGCAAGUCCAUCACACCGCUCAUGCUGAGCGGGAUCAUCCGAAGGCAGCCGGUCGCUCUGGACCUGAGCUGGACGAACAUUUCCAAGAAGCAACUUAGCUGGCUCAUCAACAGACUGCCAGGUUUGCGGGUGCUGCUGUUGUCAGGGUGCUCGUGGGUGGCUGUCUCCGCUCUCUGCAGCUCCUGCUGUCCUCUCCUGAGAACGCUGGACUUUCAGUGGGUGGAGGGACUUAAAGACGCCCAGAUGAGGGACCUGCUCUCCCCCACUACCGAUAACAGGCCAGGCCAGCUGGACAACCGGAGCAAGCUGCGCAAUGUGGAGGACCUGCGUCUGGCCGGCCUGGACGUCACCGACGCGACGCUACGCCUCAUCAUCCGCCACAUGGCGGCGCUAUCCAAGCUGGACCUCAGCUACUGCAACCACGUCACCGACCAGUCCGUCAACAUCCUGACCGCUGCCGGGACCACCACGCGGGACUCCCUGACCGACGUUAACCUCUCAGUGUGCAACAGGGUGACCGACCAGUCGCUCACCUACUUCAAGCGCUGCGGCAGCAUCCGCCGCAUCGACCUGCGCUUCUGCAAGCAGGUGAGCAGGGAGGGCUGCCAGCGCUUCGUGGCCGAAAUGUCGGUCAGCGUUCAGUUCGAGCUGAUCGACGACAAGCUGCUGCAGAGGAUCCAACCCCACGCCGCCUGCGAUUGAUCCGCUUCGCCACACGGGGGCAGCGCACCACCGAAGGAGGAGGAAGAGGCGGAAGAAGAAGAAGGAGGGCAGCACCGUGUGUUGUCUCCUUGCCAACUACUGAGCCAGAAUGUACAAUUUAAAGAACAUUUACUGUACCUGUCAAAAGUUUAGACACAGCUUCCCAUUCAAUAGCACAAAGAAGCGUCUCUAUACUUUUGACCGGGACUGCCUGUUGUUUUUAUUUAUUUCUUGUAUAUUUUUUUUUUCUGUUCAAGAUUGACUAUUUUUGUAGCCGAAAGCGUUUCCUACAUUCAUGUACAGUAUUAUACUACUGAUAUUGAUAAUCAAUACCCAGUGUUAGUUUUUUUUUGUCUUUCUGUUUUAUAUUUAUUUAAGCCCAUUUGUAUGACUGUUAUGUGUGUAUAGCUUCUAUUACUUGCACCUAUUACACAAAUGCCGACACUGUAGAGUGUAUAAAGCAUAUAUACAGGUAAAUGUUAAUAAAUUAGAAUAUGGUGGGAAAGUGUUUUUUUUUUUGGCAUCAGUUCGAAUUGAACUACUGCAACAAAUUAACGUUUCUACCUUAUUCUAAUUUAUUGACUUGCACUUGUAGUUAUGCAGGUCUGGGGGGCGGGAGGAGACCACUGCAAAAUUAUGAGUUUCUCAGAUGUUGCAGUUUAUAGGUAAACGGUGGAUAUAAAAAGUCGGCACUCCCUGGUUCAAAUGCCAGGUUUUUGUGUUAUAAAAUAAUGAGACCAUGAUAAAUUCAUUCUGAACUUUUCACCAUUGAUGUGACCUAAAUUGUAGAGCUCAAUAGAAUUUUGUUUUUCCAUCUUUUCGAGGUGAAAUUCAAUUGUGAAAUAGUGGUUGCGCAAGUGUGCACACCCUGUUACCUGGUUUCGAAAAGCCUACUAGCAUAGUUUAGCCUAAUUUGUGGUUCAGUGAGCGGCACUUUAAAUGGCGGCAAGUGUGUGGUGGCUCGUGUUAAACAUGAGUUUGAAUGUAAUUGGUUAUUAAUUCUGAACACAGCCAUGUCUUAAUUUUAAGUGGGUGUGCACACUUAUGCAACCAACUUAUUUUACUUUCCCUUUCGAAGAGAUUUUUAAAAAGGCAAUUGAGUUGUAUAGGUUAUAGCUCACAGUAAGGAAACCAAAUAGAUUUAUCUUUGUUUAUUUUUUUAAUAUCACAACAACCUGGCAUUUGAACAGGGGUGUGUAGACUUUCUCUAUCCACUUUUUUAAAUACUGACAGCAUAACUCCCAAAUUCAAAUAUUGUCAUUUAGAGCAUUUGCAGAAAUUGUGGGUGUGGAGGGUCUAACAAAAAAUGGUCUCUUCAUUUUUUUCCCCCUGAGCUGUACAUAUAUUUUGUUUUCUUCUAUGCUAAAAGCUUCUUGUCGUCAUUCCUCCGUUAAGCGUGUUAUUUGUGGACAAAUUUUGCUAUUAGCUCAGCAUGUACACUUGCUGUUUAAACAAAACAAAAAAAAUCAGCUGUCGUUAGUUUGAAGGCAGAGACGCACUAUAAAAGUCCUGAAAGAGAAAGAUUACAUUAAUUUAAAGUUAGGGCUGGGGAUAUCUUGAUUUGUCGGAGCUUUUAUCAAACGCUCCGGAGGUAAAACAAAUGUUUUAGAGUAUGUGCAUUAAAAAAAAAAACAAAGACAAUUAGCAUACUGUAUGUCACUUUAUUUUUUUCCCCACCCUAUUAUUUGAAGAACCUGCAAAAAGUUGUUAAAAAAAUGCCUCCUUUUUUUGACUCAUAGGAAAAAAGUUAGUUUUGAGUUGUAUCUGAAAAAUAAGGGAUUUUUGGAAUGAUCCAAUCAGUAUUUUGACACUAUUGUACAGUGGACCCCCGCUACUCGCUAAGAUAGAUGGAGCCUGACCACAAAUAGUGAAAAUUCGUAAAUAGUUGACGCGCUCUUAUGAUUACCGUGGGCAUUUUGUUGUUGAUGAAAAAAGGCAAAUAUGCGUGGGACUGGGCCAGAAAACGGCAAAUAAUUUUGCGAAUGCAGAACUGCGAUUAUGCAGGGGUCCACUGUAUUUAAAGCUGUGCGUAAAGUAUAAAGUGAACAGUUUAAUGCACUUUUCCAUGUCUUUCUAUGUGGCUUUUUUUUUUAUUUUCAUGUUUAAUUCCAAUUUUGUACUUUUUUUUUUUUUUUUUUUUCAAGUUCAGCAGACAAGUUUACAUUGUUAUUGCAUCUGGAUAAACCACUAUGUGCGUGUACUAUACGUUGACUGUAAAUGUUGUACACAUUUAAAGCCUCUAGGAAGAGUUUGACAUAUUAAAAGCCUUUUAAAAAUGA